AUGUCUUUUAAAACUGUUAACGUCGCUAUUGUUGGUACUGGUGUUGUUGGUGCUGCCUUCUUGGAUCAAAUUCUAUCCAUGAAGUCUAACAUCACCUACAAUAUCAUUGCUAUUUGUCAAUUAGGUUCCUCUUUAAUUUCUAAAGAUUACAAACCCCUAGAAAUAACCGCUUCUACUUGGAGAUCUGCUAUUGAAAGUUCUGCCUCUUCAGGUUUAUCCACCGAGGAACUAUUGGAAUUUUUAAAAAAAUCUCCUUUGCCAGCUAUUUUGGUUGAUAAUACCUCAAACGAAAAUUUGGCUAAAAGUUAUCCAAAAUUUGUUUCCAGUGGUAUUUCCAUUGCCACACCAAAUAAAAAAGCCUUUUCUUCAAAUCUUUCCUUGUGGAAAGAGAUUUUUACUUUUAGACCAACUGAUGGUUUGGUUUAUCAUGAAGCUACUGUUGGUGCUGGUUUGCCAAUUGUCAAUUUUUUGAAAGAAAUAAUUCAAACCGGUGAUAAAGUUGAAAAAAUUGAGGGUAUUUUUUCAGGUACUUUGUCUUAUAUCUUUAACGAGUUUUCUACGGUCAAACCAAAUACUGUCAACUUUUCCGACGUCGUUAAAGUUGCCAAAAAAUUGGGUUAUACUGAACCUGAUCCAAGAGAUGACUUGAAUGGUUUAGAUGUUGCCAGAAAAGUUACUAUCUUGGCUAGAAUCGCUGGUUUGGAAGUUGAAUCACCAUCUUCUUUCCCAGUUCAAUCUUUAAUUCCAAAACCAUUGGAAACUGUUUCUACUUCUGCAGAGUUUUUGGAAAAGUUGCCUGAAUACGAUUUUGAGUUGAAAAAAUUAAAGGAGGAAGCUGCUUUAGAAAACAAGGUUUUAAGAUUUAUUGGUCAAGUAGAUAUUCCAAGCAAAACCGUUUCCGUUGGUAUUGCUAAAUACGACUUUUCACACCCAUUUGCUUCUUUAAAAGGCUCUGAUAACGUUAUUUCCAUAAAAACUAAACGUUAUACUAACCCUGUUGUUAUUCAAGGUGCUGGUGCCGGUUCUGAAGUUACUGCUGCUGGUGUGUUAUCUGAUGUUAUUAAGAUCGCCGAAAGAGUAUAG